AUGGCAAGCACUCGUACCGCAUCCGACUUCCUCACCUACCCUGUGCGCGACUCGUCCACCUCGUCGGGGAUGUCCGCCCAGGCCCAGGCAGACUACCUGCGCGACGGCAAAGCCGCCGCAGUCUACAAUGAGUGGAUGCGCGAGCUCUUCAAACCAGGUGCCUCGCGGCUGCAGGAGCUGGUCGAUGCUGGCCACCCCAGUGACGAAGACGUCCGCGAGGUCCUUGCGCUCUCCGCCAAUUGGGAGACGUUCAGGGCCGUCGUCCUGGUCCUAAGGGGGGAGCUCGUGCUGCCAGACGCGCAGCUACGACACUUCAGGGAAUACGAGAAGGCCCUGCUCAAACUGCUCGGCAGGUUCUGGGCGGCUUGGUAUCGCCACUCGGACGAGUAUAUCGAGGCGAAGGGCAUCGAGCAGUCGCCCUUUGCCUGGGAGCGCCUCAACAAGGCCUCCCAGGACAAGGUCAAGAAGUGGCUCGCCUCCAAGAAUAUCGACUACGAGCGGAUCAGGUCGAAGGCCCUUUCGGGCACUAUGAAAGGCAAAGGCAGGCAUGCAGAAUACCGGGAGAUGUUUAAACGCGAGUGGCCCAUCUUCCUAGCGGGUGUGGCGCGAUUUGUGGCAUCUGGCGGGCCCAAUGGUCGCAUGAACGAGUUGUCUGUGCCGACAAAAGCAUUCCGUGAAUUUCCAGAAUGGAAAACACGGUUCACAAUAAUGUCUUUGAUGAGGGAAAUCGUGAAGGAGGGCGAGGAGGGCAAGGAGGCCGAAUGUCUGCGGGACCCCAUCACGGCGGGUGGGGCGCUCGGCGUCGAGGCAGUUCAAGACUUGGCGAUAAUGAAGUCGAAGGACAAGCUGGACAAUUUCAUUAUGGCUGCUUUCAUGACGACUAGCUUCGUGCGGGAUAUGUUGGACAUGGCGGAUUCGGCAGCGGAGCAGGCCGUAUGCGUCUUCUGCGCGAUGAUGUGA